AUACUCGCCAAGGAAUCAAAGACUAACUACAUAGACUGGCUGGCAACUGUUGCCCAGUUGGUUGCCUGUCUAAAUCACUAUCACUAUACAAGUCCGUGGAAGUCGUAGAGGAAAGAUGAAUGGAAGAAUUUUUCCACGGUAUUCUCCGAUUGAAAUGCAUGAUGUUAUAAUUAGAUAUUGAUCUAUUGGGAUGGCUUCCGAUAAAGACGAGUAAGCCUAGCGUUUUUGGCCUUAAAAAUUUUUAACAUUGAAAAUGAGUGCUGCAGACAAAGGAGCUUCCACUUCGCAAGACUCUUCGUCAUCUGACUUUGAGCACAGAAUAAUAGCAUUGGGGCAGUCUCACCCAAAUGGCAUUUCUGAUAAAGAUAUGGCCAAAGAAAUUCCGGAAUUACCUGCUGCUCAACGAGCAGUAAUAAUUAAUAAGCUUUUGGCACAAGGUUACAUUGAUUUAUUUAAUCAAGGAGGUGUUUUGAUUUAUAAGAUUCGAAGUGCAAAAGCCAACGUAAUUAAAGGAGGUGAUAAUGAAGAAAGAAUCGUGUUCAGUAUAAUAGAGGAAGCUGGCAACAAAGGUAUAUGGAUGAGAGACAUUAGAACAAAAUCAAAUUUGUCUGCAAAUCAACUUAAUAAAGUACUCAAAAUAUUGGAAAACAAAAAGAUGAUAAAGGCAGUGAAGUCAGUUGCAGCCAGUAAAAAGAAGGUUUAUAUGCUAUUUCAUCUCGAUCCUGAUAGUUCAAUCACAGGUGGUGCUUGGUACUGUAAUGAAGAUUUUGAAGCAGAAUUUGUUGACAUUUUACACCAGCAAUGCCUAAAAUAUCUGAAGCAAAAAUGGGAAAGUGCAAAAGAAAAAGAACCAGAUCCCAUUGCUGCAAAAAACUUUUCUUAUGCCUCUGCUCAAGAUGUAUGGAAGUAUAUUGAUGAUUUAGGAAUUAGUAAAGUGAAAUUAUCUGAACAUGAUGUGGAGACAAUAUUGAAUACAUUAGUUUAUGAUGCACGGGCAGAACGUAAUGUGACAAUUGAUGAGACAGUUUUGUUUCGUUAUGUGGAGCCCUUACUUUCUGUUGUUGGUUUGACUCAAUUUCCAUGUGGAAUAUGUCCCGUUUUAUUUCGUUGCUCCAUUUCUGGUAUGGUUAGACCAGCGACAUGCACAUAUUUAACUUCAUGGCUUCAAGAAUAUAUUGAUAGUGCUUAAAUUACUUAUCAUUAAGUAAUGGAUUCUGUGAAAUCAUUUUGCAGCUUUUAGAUUUGCCCAUUUCCUACCAACAAAGUUCUCAAACAUUUUUUGUAAUAAUUUUAUUUAGAUAUCUUUUCUUUGUUUUUGUCUUUAAUCAUAUGAUAUUUCAAAUAAUAACUUUAGAGAAAUGUUUUGUUGUUAUUAACUUUCUGUAAUUUGUUUGGAACAUUGACGGUUGUAUCAAUUAUUUGGCUGAUCUAGUCUGUGGAACUGCUGGUUACAUGUUACUUUGCAUAUAUUUACAGGGCUUCAAUAAAUGUCAUAAAGAUGAUGUAAAUGACCUUUAUUUUUACCACCAAAGUUAUAAUGAGAAAGUAGCAUAAGAAUUUAUUAAAUGAUCUGCUACACACAUUUAUGAAGACAUUUUCAAAUAUUUCAUUUGGAGUAUUCCAGGUUUAAGCGAGUAAUAUUAUUCAUUUAUUGAACUUCAAAAUUUUAUAUUUUCAAAAAUGAUUACAUGUUUAACAUCUCAAAAUAGCUAUCCUGUGCAGUUGCGUCUCUGUAACAUAUCUUUCCAAGAGAAAAUAAAACUAGACAGUCUAAAUAAACAUAAUAAAAUUGCUGGCAAAGGUGAGGCAAUUUGGCAAAUGUUUGUGUGUUAUUUACAGCGUUGUACUUCUUUUAUAUAGAAUGUGGUGUAGUACUAGUAAACUUAAAAGAUACUUUUCCUUCUUAGGUAUCUUGAUUGUCUGAGAUGCGACACAUCUAUAUGCCUGGGUAACCCAAGCAUACCCAUAGGCACAUGGUUAAUUUCCGCUCUGAAGAAGAUAGCUUAAGAUGUAGCACUUCACAUACCUCUUUUGCUAGAAUGUGUAAGCCUGCUCUGUACAGUUCAUUAUGUUAGGUAGAUAUACCCUGCCCAACAGCAUUCUUCUGGAAGUCUUAUAAACCUUUCAAAUGUGCGAUUUCCCACCCCUUCUCAUACCUCUACCUGCAUGGCAACAUGCUUUUGUAAUUUUACUCUAUUCAAAUCAGUUAUCCCAUAGUGAUAGAUUCAUACCCAAAGGAGAAUUUCUAUUAUGAAUAUACACCUUAUUUGGUGAGUGAAUAAAUACUUUCAUAGUAUGUUAUACUUGAUCAUUUAUCAUUUGACAUUACAAUUAAUUAAUUCACAAUAAGUGUUUUCAACCAAUUUUUCGGUCCCCUGAUGGUAGUACUGAAACUUGACUGUAAGAAUAUUAUUGAAGAGUGAAACCUUAUCUUAUAUUGAUAUUUUCAUUGAAAAAUUUAGAGCUGUUUUAAGAAAAUGUUAUUUCAACAUUUAUAAAAUUAAUAUUUUUUUCUACAAUAUUCAAUUUUUCC